ACAAGCAUGGCUGAAGAAUUGUCAGGUGUAACUAUAGUAAUAUUUAUAGCUGCUGGAGUAUUAACAAUAUUGUUAUUAUUCAUUUUUGCAAAACGUCAAAUAAUGAGAUUUGCUUUACGUUCACGACGUGGACCACAUAUUCCUAUUGGACACGAUGCUAAAAAGUCGUUAAAAAGAGAAAUUGAAAGACGAAUAGAGGUGAUACCAAGAAUUCAAUAUGAACCACAACUUAUAAGUGACUCCAGAUAUAUUUUAACUCCUGGCAGUCAAGUUCCGCCACAUUAUUUUAGACUGAAAGCUGUAGACGAUAUUAAAACCUUAGAAGCUGAAAUAACAAAAUAUGAUAGUUGUUUAAAAAGGCAUCCAUUUGAAAAUUUAAGAGCGUAUUUAUUAUCGACACUUGCUACACCAUUAAAUGGAAGUGGUCAACGUUUGAUUCAUCAAUUUUGUGAUUUAUAUGAACAUGCUAAACAUGAUCCAACAGAAUUUGGGGACGAAGAAUAUCAAGUAUAUACACGUUUGUUUCUUAAAUUAAUGGAUGCAGCUCGCCUUUUGAAGUCUUAUCCAAGUAGUAAAAAAUCUAGUCCAAGUCGUACACCAAUAAAGAAGAACGUAGAAACUAAAAGAAGUAUAUUAGAACCAAGAAUGCGUUUACCUGAGGAUCAGGUGUUAACCGGGUCAAGACCAAGCACAUUAACAGUAAUGGCACUGGAUAAUAGUGAAACAUCUGUUUAGCAUUAUGAGAAUCGUCACAUACAACAUAUGUGACGAGUUCAAUGUGUAUAUAAUAUAUAUAUAUAUAUAUGUGUGUGUACAUAUAAUAUUUAUCUGAUUUAAGUCUUUUUUUUUUUUAUAUUUUUGUCCAUAUAUUCAUAUAAAAAUAUAGAUAUAUAUUUAUAGCUGCUUAUCAAAUGAGUAUUGUAAGGUGAAUAUUAUAUAGCUAGAAAUUUAGAAUUAGAUAGUUCUAAUUUUUAUAUAUAAAAAA